AGUUACAGAUUCUAAUAACUACAUGCUCCAUUUAAUAAUCACCCUUUUGUUUAUUCCAUACUUAGAUUUAAAUUGUUUCAUCUAAUAUGAAACAGAGAUUAUACUUUUAUCCGAGACGUGUGAACUAGCCCCAACAACGGCCUCGUUGAGGAACACAUCAUUAAGAGGGCCACCGCUUAGGUAUAUACACCUCCAUAAUCACACUUUAGGAAUAAUAUGCAUUUAAUUAUAACUCAUUGAUGUACAAAUCUUCGGCACACUGCUUGCUCAUUAAGUCAUCAACUAUAUAUAUAUGGUCGUUGAGUCGAUAAUAUAUGCAUCUCUGAUCUCUCUUGAGUCUUGUGAGAGAAAAUGGGAGCUCUUGAUUCUCUCUCUGAAUACAUCUCCGACUACUUCCACGUCUCCCGAAAAAGAAGGAAGCGUAAAGUCAAGCAGACGGUGAAUAUAAAGGUGAAGAUGGACUGCGACGGCUGCGAACGCAGAGUCAAGAACGCUGUUUCCUCCAUGAAAGGGGUUGAAACGGUGGAGCUGAACAGGAAGAUACACAAAGUGACGGUGAGUGGGUACGUGGAGCCGAAGAAGGUGUUGAAGAGAGUCGAAAGGACAGGGAAAAAGGCGGAGAUGUGGCCGUACGUUCCUUACAACGUGGUGGCAUAUCCAUAUGCAGUCGGAGUUUACGACAAAAAAGCUCCGGCCGGUUAUGUGAGGAAGUCUGAGCAGUCUCAGCCGUUGCCUGGAGCUCCAGACGACGUGAUCAUGUCUCUUUUUAGCGACGAGAACCCCAACGCUUGCACCGUUAUGUAAUAAAUAAAGUAUCAUUGUAAUAUUACUAUCCACCGCACAUACUUAACGUUUUACUUCUUUUCUUUUUUCUCUUCUGGUAAUAAUAUGCAUAGAGGAAGAAGCAAGUAGUGUUUUCAUUUUUGUGUUGUAUCAUUAGGGCUCUGGUUUGCCUUUUCUGUCAUCAUUAGGUUUUAGAGUUUUCUUUUACCAGUUACGCUAUUCUAACUAAAAUAAAAAUAAGUAAUAAUAAGUAAUAAUUAAAAAAUUAUUGGUAAUUUCGAAAAUCCUUAUUAAUUUUGCUGU